AUGACAUCUGCGUCCGGACGGAACAAACACGAGCCAGCCGUUUGGUUACGGCGUUGCGCGAAAGUCGCCGACGGCUGCUGUGUCGCGAGUCCUUUCAUCCUUCUAUUCCCAAGUCCCCACAUUCGUAAUAUGCAGCUCUCAUCACUGUUGCUCGCAGCUUCGCUGCUGGUCUCGUCGGUCGUAUCCGCACCCGCGACCGUGGGCAGCUUCGGCACGUCUUCCGAUGCCGAGCUCAUGCUCAAGCGUCAGUACGAAAACACCAACUGGGACAACGUCAUGCUCGGACGCGACACGAUGGAGGAGCUCGAGAAGCGACUCGUGUACAACCCACACAUCACCUCCCCUACCGCCGAUACCGUCUGGACCGCGGGUAAGACGUACACCGUCACAUGGGAUGCCUCUGACCUUCCAACAGAGGCCGAGAACUACACGGGCGAGAUUAAGCUCGGAUAUCUCCCUGCGGAUGGAAGUGGAGGCGAGAACCUGCACUGGACGCUUGCCGAUGGGUUCCUCAUCAAGGACGAACAGACCAGCAUCACUCUUCCCGCCGACCUGGGCCAGAGGAGCGACUACAUCGUCGUGGUUUUGGGUGACUCGGGGAACGCCAGUCCCAAGUUCAGCAUCAACAGCGCCGCUAGCAAAGCGACCGACCUUGGAGACAGAAUCCAGCAGAAGAUCAACAAGGCUUUCGCCGAAGCUGGCAUGUGA